AUGGUGAUCGCCGAGCUGGAUGAAGCGCAAUAUGCCGAGUGUCGCGAGGUUUUCUGCUAUUUUGAUGCGAAAGGCGACGAGAAGAUUACCAUUGCACAGGUUGGUGAUGUUCUUCGCGCUCUUGGCCAAAAUCCAUCAGAAAGCGAGAUAGCUUCAUGCUGCCACACGUGGUCUGAUCCGAAUGCUCGAAUCAGCUUCGAAGAGUUCAUCCCCAUGUAUCAAACCGUCUACAAGAAGCGCCAAAAGCACAAUGUUGAGGAAUUCGUUGAGGGACUUUCACACUUCGACAAAGAGGGAAAUGGAAUGAUUAACGUUGCCGAGCUGCGCCAUCUUUUGACGACCUUGGGUGAACGACUUAGUGAUGAAGAGGUGGAUCAAUUGCUUGCCGGACGUAGCGAUACGAGCGGAAACAUCAACAUUUCGGACUUCGUGAGGAAUAUGUUACGCGCAAACGGAUGGCCUGCUCCUGGGGAUUCAACUCUGCACACGUCGAUCCCUUCACAAGUAGCCGAAAUUGAUCUCAAUGUGCCACUACAUCGGACUUUAAAAAUAUACAACUUGGCCAACUACACUUUUGGCACAAAAGAGCCCCAGUCGGAGAAAGACACAUCAGUGCAAGCACGUUUCCAACGGAUGAAAGAUGAAUACGAUAAGGUUGGAAUGCGCCGCUCUGUGGAGACUGUCUUGAUAGUGCACGAACACGCACUUCCACACGUGCUUCUCCUACAAAUUGGAACCUCAUUUUAUAAAUUGCCAGGAGGAGAAUUGGAGGCGGGCGAGGACGAAAUUGAGGGAGCGGUUCGGCACCUCAACGAUUCGCUCGGAAGAACGGAUGGGGUGAAAAACGAGUGGAAGAUCGAGGAUGAGAUCAGCAAUUGGUGGAGGCCUAAUUUUGACCCUCCCAGGUAUCCAUACAUUCCGGCGCAUGUUACUCGUCCAAAGGAACAGACGAAGAUCUUCCUCGUGCAACUACCAGAGAAAGCACUCUUCGCCGUUCCCAGAAACUACAAACUGGUGGCGGCUCCACUUUUCGAGCUUUACGAAAACGCGAACUGCUACGGGCCUCUCAUCGCAAGUUUGCCCACCGUUUUGUCAAGGUUUAACUUCGUCUACAACGAU